CCGCGCGCUCCCGGCGGUGCGGGCCUCCUCCAAGGACAUCGCCUUCGACCAGGCCUCGCGCUCCGCCCUGCAGGCCGGCGUCGAGAAGCUCGCCAACGCCGUCGGCGUCACCCUCGGCCCCAGAGGAAGGAAUGUCGUCUUGGACGAGUUUGGCAGCCCCAAAGUGGUCAACGAUGGAGUCACCAUCGCACGGGCUAUCGAGCUCGCCGAUCCCAUGGAGAACGCUGGCGCUGCUUUGAUUCGCGAGGUUGCUAGCAAGACAAACGACUCCGCUGGUGAUGGGACCACGACCGCAUCUGUCCUGGCUCGCGAGAUCAUCAAGCUGGGCCUAUUGAGUGUUACCUCGGGGGCGAACCCGGUGUCUAUCAAGAAGGGCAUUGAUAAGACAGUGCUAUAUCUAGUCGAGGAACUUGAGAAGAAGUCGAGGCCUGUGAAGGGCAGUGGGGACAUCAAAGCUAUUGCCGCUAUAUCUGCUGGAAACGAUGACUUUAUUGGGACCAUGAUUGCGGAGGCUAUCAACAAAGUUGGUCCCGAUGGUGUUCUCUCCAUCGAGUCAUCGUCGUCGUUUGAGACUACUGUUGAAGUGGAGGAGGGAAUGGAGAUUGACAGAGGAUACAUCUCUCCUCAGUUUGUCACGAACCCUGAGAAGUCCGUUGUUGAGUUUGAAAACGCUAGAGUUCUCGUCACUGAUCAGAAGAUCUCCUCGAUUAAAGAAAUCAUUCCUUUGUUGGAGCAAACUACGCAGUUGAGAGCACCACUUCUCAUAAUUGCAGAGGACGUAUCUGGUGAGGCUUUGGCAACUUUGGUUGUCAACAAGCUUAGAGGAAUCCUGAAUGUAGCUGCUAUUAAAGCUCCUGGUUUUGGUGAAAGGCGCAAGGCUCUUCUUCAAGACAUUGCCAUCGUUACCGGUGCUGAAUUCCAGGCCAAAGAUCUUGGCCAACUGAUUGAGCAGACAACAGUGGAGCAGCUUGGCGUAGCUCGGAAAGUGAAAAUCUCCCAGUCAUCCACAACCAUCAUAGCAGAUGUCGCCACCAAAGACGAGAUCCAGGGAAGAAUCGCACAGCUGAAGAGAGAGCUCUCUCAGACAGACUCGGUGUACGAUUCCGAGAAGUUGGCAGAGAGAAUCGCUAAGCUUUCUGGCGGAGUUGCCGUGAUAAAGGUUGGAGCCGCGACCGAGACGGAGCUUGAGGAUCGCAAGCUCCGAAUAGAGGAUGCCAAGAACGCGACUUUUGCGGCCAUAGAGGAAGGUAUCGUACCUGGUGGUGGUGCUGCUUAUGUCCAUCUGUCCACGUUUGUGCCAGCCAUCAAGGAGAAGUUGGACGACCCCGAGGAGCGCCUUGGUGCUGAUAUCAUCCAGAAGGCUCUGUUGGCCCCCGCAUCACUGAUAGCCCACAACGCCGGGGUGGAAGGGGAGGUGAUCGUGGAGAAGAUCAAGUCCAGCGAGUGGGAGUUUGGGUACAACGCGAUGACGGACACGCACGAGAACCUGGUGGAUGCGGGUGUGAUUGACCCCGCCAAGGUGACGCGGUGCGCCCUGCAGAAUGCGGCGUCGGUGGCCGGGAUGGUCCUGACGACCCAGGCCAUUGUUGUCGAGAAGCCGAGCAAGAAGGCCCCCGCUGCCGCCGGUAUGCCAGGGGGCAUGAUGUAGGAGUGCAUGGUGUUGGUGCUGUGCCUAGGGUUAGGGUGUUGGGAGUAUCUGGCGACUUUAAGGAAUUGUCGUGGUGCGAGUACCCUUGGUUUUGAUACCGUGUUGGCGGGAAUAUUGUCUUGAACUAUAUUUAGCUGGGAUGGAUUUGAGGACGAGAAUAAGUUUGGUGAAAUGGAUGUCUGUGGCUUGCUUCUGA